AUGCAGAACUCGACCAAAACAGUGCGAAUCGUGGAGGUGGGCCCGCGAGAUGGCCUCCAGAACAUCCCACAGUCGAUCGACAGCACCAUCAAGCUGGACCUCAUUCGUCGACUGCGUGAUGCUGGGCUGCAGACUAUCGAGCUGACUUCAUUUGUUUCUCCCCGUGCAAUUCCACAGCUUGCCGAUGCACAGGUGGUAGUACAGAAUGCCGACAUCCAAAAACUCCUAAAGAAUCCUAAACUGCGACUACCGGUCCUAGUUCCCAAUCUCAAGGGACUAGAGAGAGCACUACACAAUGGCAUCAAAGAAGUUGCGGUGUUUAUCAGUGCGACCGAGGGAUUUAGCAGAGCGAACAUCAACUGUACCGUCGACGAAGGACUCGAGAGAGCUCGACAAGUGGCCUCUAGGGCAGCCAGCGCAGGGCUUUCGGUGCGAGGUUACGUUUCGUGUAUUUUCGCAGACCCUUACGACGGUCCGACACGGCCCUCCUCUGUUCUCCGGUGCACAAAAGCCCUCCUAGAUGCAGGCUGCUACGAAGUUAGUCUUGGUGACACCUUGGGAAUUGGCACUCCUGCCGACGUGCGCUGGCUGAUAACAUAUCUACAAGAUAAUGGGGUACCUUUGGAGAUGCUGGCCGGCCACUUUCACGACACUUACGGCGGCGCGGUUGCAAAUGUGUGGGAAGCGUACAAGUGCGGAUUGAGGAUGUUUGACAGUAGCGUUGCUGGACUCGGAGGAUGUCCAUUUGCGCUUGGAGCGAAGGGAAACGUGGCCAGCGAGGAUUUAGUAUAUAUGUUCGAACGGUCGGGGAUCCACACAGGAGUAGAUCUGUCAAAGCUAGUCGAAACUGGAGAAUGGAUCUCGAGGCAGCUAUCUAUCGCAAACAGCAGUCGAGCAGGUGCAGCAUUGUGGGCAAUGCGCAAGCAAACGGCUGUUCCCAAAUCACCCAAAGUUUCAGUCUCGUGGAAGCUCGUCAAGCAAACAGAGGGUCUGCAGCUGUUCCGGUCGGGGGUCAAUCUGAGGAUCAACUUGAAUAGACCCAAGAAUGGAAAUGCUCUCACGGCCAUAAUGGCGCAAGAUCUUACAGAGGCUGUCACGAAUGCCGGACGAGAUGCGACCAUUUCACGAAUUAUCCUGACUGGAAGUGGCAAGUUCUUCUGCACCGGGAUGGAUCUGGGCAAGGGAAGCACCGCAGUGGGUCAGGGGGGCUCCAGCAGCAAUGCGCAGUUUGACCGACUGACAAAUCUCUUUGAAGCCAUUGACCAGUCCCCCAAGGUCACUAUUGCGUGUUUGAAUGGACCCGCAUUCGGGGGCGGCGUUGGACUGGCCUUCGCCUGCGAUAUGCGCUUUGCAGUUAGGGCUGCGAGUGUAACGCUCAGCGAGGUCAAGCUGGGUCUUUGUCCAGCCACCAUCUCCAAGUACGUCAUUCGAGAAUUUGGAAUUGCUCUUUCGCGGGAGGCGAUGCUCUCUGCAAGGCCAGUGUCAGCCGGCGAGUUGAAGGCACGCGGGCUGGUAGUUGAGCUCGCAGACAACGCAGAGGCACUGCCGGGUCUGCUCGACCAAUUCCUUACCCAGCUCAAGGCUGCCUCUCCUGAGGCCUCUCGCAUGUCGAAAGAGCUCAUCCGCCUGGCUUGGGCGCAUGGGGGAAAGGAGGAACAGGCGAAAGGGAUCAGGGCUCUAUUUGACGGCAUGAUGCGGCCGGAUGGGGAUGGGGCUCACGGUGUCAAGGAGUUCCAGGCUAAACGUUCAGUGGAUUGGGAUGCGUAUACACUGCGAAGGGUGGAUUCAGCUAAGCUGUAG